GCCGCACAGCCAAGCCGACGGGACGCCAUUUGUUGUUUGCGGAAAAGGAGCCUAUAAGCCUACAUCUCACGUGAGGAGGAGGUUUGAAGAGGCCUCCGCGCAUCAACAUGGCGGAGGUGGACAUUGAUCUAUACGGAGACGUGGAACAAGACUUCACUCAGGAUCGUGAAAUGAGCUGGAUGACUUUGCUGACGGAGACCUGUAUGAUGCGGUCCUCACGGGCGGUGGAAGAGAACGGGAGCGCGAGGCUCCUCCCAGCCCUACCUCUGCCCCGCCUGAACGCAAUGGAGGAACCGCUCCCUCACGUCAGCCCACACAAGCCCAAAGAGGACGCUCUGUCUCGUCUGAAGAACGUGCCGUCUUCUCCGGACCAGUGCCUCACAGUGGACGGAAAUAUCAGCUCUACGUGGGAAACCUGACUUGGGUAAGUCACAUGUUUUUAUAGGUAUUAUUUGUAUCAUGCUGAUUCCCUUAGAGGGAUUUUUUUUCCUAUCAUGCAGCCAGUGUACACUUUGAAAGUGUAUUCACUAUUACAGAAUACAUAUUAAAUUCUUGAUUUUGCUUCCAUAUAUAUAUAUAUGUGUAUAUUUAAUUGUGCACAGUUGCUUUUAUCUUUGUUUUCCUUUGUGUUCUUGCACUGUUUCUCUUGAUGGGUGCACUUACAAAAUUUAUUUAUCUUUUUAUCUUCCCCUUAUCUGUCCAUUUAUCUCCCCUUGCCAUCUCCUUUUGCUAUUUGAGUUUUUCAUCUCCCAUCUCUUUUUUUUCCCCCCCAUCUUUCCUCAAGUGCACAUAGUACAGUCACUACUUGUUGCAUAGGUUGCAUAUUGUUUGGGCUGUUGCUCUGUGUGGAAUGAGCCGAGGAGGCUAAUUCUCCACUUGUCUAGUUUCAUCUGUUAAAUUUGCCAUUACCAGACCAUCUCCUGGUGCAGUCUCCCCCCCCCCCUUUCUUGCUUCCCUUUCGCUUACCUAUGCAACAUUCAUCAAAAUAACAUCAACUUGUCUUCUGGUGGUAAACUAAGCCAGUUCGCCAAUAUAUGUUUGUAUAUAUG